AUGUCACGAUACAGCAGAGGAAGCCCCGUGCCUCCCGGUCUGCAGUCCAAGUCUACGCCCAAUCUCCCGACACUGCAGUCACUGCGGACGCCCUCGGAAUCGCCCGCUCAUGGCUCCAACGAGCCCGCCGCCGCGGCGAGCCCUCGCUCCCCCGUGUCCAACAGCGCCCCCUCGGAGGCGGCGUCGGUAGAAGACAACCAAGACUCAGACGGCGACCCGUUUGCGCCGCCAGACUCGGACAGCGGGUCCGACGAGGAUGAGGACACGCUGCCCACCAGCCGCCCGCUCUACACAUCACGCUCCUACAGCCACCUCCCCCGCGACACAGCGACGGCCUUCUUCCCGCCCUUCUAUGGCCGCCCACCGACACCGCUGCCGCCCUCGCCGUCCCUGACAUCGCUGCUCCGCCCGUCGUUUAGCAGCGCCGCAACCUCGCGCCCCACGACGCCCGACUCGUCCGAUGUCGACGGCCCACGCACCGGCACCAGCACGCCCACGACCAACCUGCAGCACAUGACCGCCAGCGCCCGCCACGCGCCCACCGUGCCCCGCGCCUCGCCCCAGAUCCCCACCUACGAGUACUACGGCUUCGCCGUCUACCUGGGCAGCUCGGCCGCCUUCCUCAUGUACAUUCUCUGGGCCUAUGUGCCCGCGCCCCUGCUGCACCAGAUGGGCAUUCACUACUACCCCAACCGCUGGUGGGCGCUUGCCGUGCCGUGCUGGCUCGUCGUGCUGGUCGGCUACAUCUUCGUCGCCCUCGCGAGCUACAAUACAAAGUACCUCACCCUGCCGCUGGAGAGCUGCGAGAAUCUCGUCGACGAGACGGCGCAGGUUGCUGUGGUGGAGCGGGCGACGGGCAGGAUUGUGAGGAUGCUGGGCGUGGGGGAGGGGGAGGGGCUGGAUGCAUAUCGCUUCACGGGCGGGGAGGAGGUCGAGUGGAAGAGCUUUUGGAAUACGGGCACGGAUGCAGUCAUGGAUGUGCCGAUUGGGGGGGUGUGCGAGAUUCUGUACGGGGGUGGGAGUGCGAGUGGGAGCGAGGACUGA